GUGUAAUUCAAGCUUCUUGUUUUUCAAUUUUCGUUUUCUUUCUCUCUCUCUCUCUCUCUCUUUCUCUGAGCUAGGGUUUCACUUUUUCAGAGCGCCGUUGAGUUUGUCUCGAUCGGUGACAGUACUGCUACUGUCUCAUUCAAUUCCGUGGACCACCAGAUACAAUAUGGCGAUGGAAGUUACCCAGAUUCUUCUGAAUGCACAAUCGAUCGAUGGUAAUGUGCGGAAGCAUGCAGAAGACAGUAUAAAACAGUUUCAGGAGCAAAACCUCCCCAGUUUCUUCUUAUCUCUGUCUGGAGAGCUAGCGAAUGAUGAUAAGCCUGUAGAGAGCCGUAAAUUAGCAGGUUUGAUACUUAAGAAUGCCUUGGAUGCUAAGGAACAACAUAGAAAGUUUGAGCUUGUUCAAAGCUGGGUGACCCUGGACACUGCCGUGAAGGCCCAGAUUAAGACAUGUUUGUUACAGACCCUAUCUUCUGCUGUAUCUGAUGCUCGAUCAACUGCAUCUCAAGUCAUUGCAAAGAUUGCAGGCAUUGAAUUGCCUCAGAAACAAUGGCCUGAGCUUAUAGUGUCCCUUUUGUCAAAUAUUCACCAGCAAGCAGCUAAUGUCAGGCAAGCCACUUUGGAGACUCUUGGAUAUUUGUGUGAGGAAGUCUCUCCUAAUGUUGUGGAUCAGGAUCAAGUGAAUAAAAUACUUACAGCUGUAGUUCAGGGUAUGAAUGCAUCUGAAGGGAACAAUGAUGUUAGGCUUGCUGCUACUCGAGCACUGUACAAUGCCCUGGGCUUUGCUCAGGCAAAUUUUAGCAAUGAUAUGGAGCGUGACUAUAUCAUGAGAGUUGUCUGUGAGGCAACUCUCUCCCCAGAAGUGAAAAUACGGCAGGCAGCUUUUGAGUGUUUGGUCUCCAUUUCAUCAACUUACUAUGAGAAAUUGGCUCAUUACAUCCAGGACAUCUUUAACAUUACAGCGAAGGCCGUGAGGGAAGAUGAGGAACCUGUUGCUCUUCAAGCCAUUGAGUUCUGGAGUUCAAUUUGUGAUGAGGAGAUAGAUAUCUUGGAAGAUUAUGGGGGUGAUUUUACCGGGGACUCUGCUAUUCCCUGUUUUUAUUUUAUAAAGCAGGCCCUCCCUGCUCUUGUCCCUAUGCUGUUGGAGACACUCCUUAAGCAAGAGGAGGAUCAGGAUCAGGAUGAGGGAGCUUGGAAUAUUGCAAUGGCUGGGGGCACUUGCCUUGGCUUGGUUGCACGUACAGUGGGAGAUGAUAUUGUCCCACUCGUUAUGCCAUUUAUUGAAGAGAACAUAACAAAACCAGAGUGGAGGCAAAGGGAAGCAGCCACGUAUGCUUUUGGUUCAAUUUUGGAGGGUCCUUCCCCUGACAAGUUAACACCUAUUGUCAAUGUUGCGUUAACAUUCAUGCUCGCUGCUUUAACUAAGGACCCAAAUAACCAUGUGAAGGACACUACUGCUUGGACCCUGGGGCGAAUCUUUGAAUUUCUUCAUGGUUCAACCAUAGAUUCACCCAUAAUUACUCAAGCAAAUUGCCAACAGAUCAUUACUGUUCUGCUUCAGAGCAUGAAAGAUGUUCCAAAUGUUGCUGAGAAGGCCUGUGGUGCUCUCUAUUUUCUUGCUCAAGGGUUUGAGGAGGGGGGCCCAUCAUCAACUCUAACUCCUUUUUUCCAGGAAAUCGUUCAGGCCCUUCUCACUGUUACACACAGAGAAGAUGCUAGUGAAUCUCGAUUGAGGACUGCUGCAUAUGAAACGUUGAAUGAAGUGGUGAGGUGUUCAACUGAUGAAACAGCUAGCAUGGUGUUGCAUCUUGUUCCUAUCAUCAUGAUGGAGCUGCACAAGACUCUUGAGGGGCAGAAACUCUCAUCUGAUGAGAGAGAGAAGCAGAGUGAAUUACAAGGCCUGCUUUGUGGGUGUUUACAGGUCAUUAUUCAGAAGCUAGGGUCAUCGGAGCCAACUAAAUAUCUCUUUAUGCAGUAUGCAGAUCAGAUAAUGGAACUAUACCUGAGAGUUUUUGCGUGUAGAAGUGCCACUGUGCAUGAGGAGGCCAUGCUUGCCAUUGGAGCCCUUGCCUAUGCAACAGGGCCAGAUUUUGCAAAAUACAUGCCAGAGUUUUACAAGUACUUGGAAAUGGGUCUUCAAAAUUUUGAGGAGUACCAAGUGUGUGCUGUGACAGUUGGUGUUGUGGGAGAUAUAUGCAGGGCAUUGGAGGAUCAGAUUCUUCCUUACUGUGAUGGGAUUAUGACACAACUACUUAAGAACUUAUCAAGCAAUCAGUUGCACCGUUCUGUUAAGCCUCCCAUAUUCUCAUGCUUUGGUGAUAUUGCACUGGCUAUUGGAGAGAACUUCAAAAAGUAUUUGAUGUAUGCCAUGCCCAUGCUCCAGAGUGCUGCAGAGUUGUCUGCCCACACAUCGGGUGCUGAUGAUGAUUUGGUAGACUACACCAAUUCUCUGAGAAAUGGAAUCUUGGAGGCAUAUUCUGGGAUUUUCCAAGGGUUUAAGAACUCUCCUGAAACCCAGCUCUUGAUUCCCUUUGCACUUCACAUCCUCCAGUUUUUGGACAGCAUUUAUAUGGAGAAAGACAUGGAUGAUGUGGUAAUGAAAACUGCUGUUGGAGUCCUUGGAGAUCUUGCAGAUACACUUGGAAGUAAUGCAGGUACUCUGAUACAGCAAUCUCUGUCAAGCAAAGACUUUUUAGAUGAAUGCUUGUCCUCAGAUGACCAUUUGAUCAAAGAAUCUGCUGAAUGGGCUAAGUUGGCCAUCAGUCGCGCCAUUUCUGUUUGAGGCUAGCAUCGCUUGGUAUUCUCCUUUAUUUUAGAAGUCCCUGCAUGCAUUUGGUCGUGUCGAGUUGGGGUCCAGGGUUGCAUAUUCAUUGAGUCAUCACCAUUUUCUGACAACACAAUACUGUUGGUCUUCAAGCUGUCACUAACUAUUGCGUCAUCACCAAAUGUUGUCACUAACUAAUGCAUCAGCGCGCGCGCACACCCGGGGGUGGGGGGAGGGUUGUUAUGGAGAAGAGGGUAGUCAUGGCUUCACUGAAAUGGGUGGAGGUCUCCAUAGAAAAUCAGAGCAAAGAGGGCUCAUGGAGGAGUGCAGUUGCAGACAGAGAGGGAGGUAAGUGUGAGAUGAAAUUAGAUGCUGCUCAAACUGCUUGAUGAUUGGCUGUGCGCUUGGGUCCUUAAACGAUAGUCCUAUUCUUGUUGAGGUUAGUCCCAAAUGGUUACAGGUUUUUGAACAGAAGAAUGCGAAGAGGUCGGUUCUGGUGUUGUGACAUUUCAACAGCACCCAAGUGCUAUAUUCCCGAGUUUCUCCUUCCAUCGGCAUGUUUUUAUUUCCAUUUUCUCCUUCCUGGAGAACGUUUUCAUUCCUGGUUUCUCCGUCAAUAGCAGAUUCUCAUUCUUUUGUUAAUUUGUGUCUUCAUCUGUUCAUCAUAUGUCCAUCAUGGUCAGUUUUAUUUCAUCCUUUUCAUAUUUUUUCUUUUACUUAGUAUGCGGGUUGGGAUUCACCCACAUUUACUGAGUCUAAGAGCAUUUCAUCUUGCAUUUCAUUCAUUCAUUUUUCAUUUUUGUCAGUCUUAGUAGGUGUUUUCUCAGGUCAAAUGUAAUACCAUGCAUUCAUGAAGAGUGGUAAAUGAGUAUAGGUUUUGAUUUUGCUUUGGAAUGUGUAAUCAUAUUCAUAUCUAUCCCCUCCUGUGGAGGGUAGUAUAUUGGAAUGUCACGAAUUGUGAUGACAUUAAAAGGUUAUGUAAGGAUUUGAAGUGUCACCCUUUGCUAGAGGCAGUGUAUUUGUGGUCCUGCCUCAGUUGUUAUCUUUCAAGUGAUAUUAAUGUUUAUAGAAACGAUGAAUUUUGUGAAUAUGGGCAGCUUUAUUUUCUUUC